UCUUCUUCUUUGUAUUAUUUUUCAUCCUUUUUAUCAUUUCACCUUAGACUAUUUUAUCUAUACCUCUUUCUUCAACAAUUGCUUGGUUUGAUAUAGGUGGAGAUGGAGAUAGCAUCCAUGGAAAUGUCUAGAGGAAGCAACAGUUUUGAUAAUAAUAAGAAGCCGAGUUGCCAGAGAGGUCACUGGAGACCUGUUGAAGACGACAAUCUCCGGCAACUCGUCGAACAAUAUGGUCCCAAGAACUGGAAUUUUAUUGCUCAACAUCUCUAUGGAAGAUCAGGGAAAAGCUGUAGAUUGAGAUGGUACAACCAACUUGAUCCAAACAUCACCAAGAAACCUUUCACCGAGGAAGAAGAAGAGAGACUUCUUAAAGCUCAUCGGAUCCAGGGUAAUCGUUGGGCGUCCAUAGCUCGACUGUUCCCUGGGAGGACCGACAACUCCGUCAAAAACCAUUUUCAUGUCAUCAUGGCUAGACGCAAACGCGAAAACUUAUCUUCCACGGCUACUUCUACGUUAAGCCAAACUUGGCAUAAUGUUUUGAGCCCUAGUUCUAGUGUUACAAGGCUUAAUAGAUCCCAGUUUGGGCUAUGGAGGUAUCAAAAGGAUAAGAGACGCGGUCUCUGGCCUUGCUCUUUUGUUCCAUCCCCUGGAAAUGAUCAAUUUGGAUCUUCAUCAGUCUCUAAUGUCCGCCACGAAGUUUUUCUUGAGAGGAGAACGUCGAAAGAGUUGGUAGAUCAUCACAAUCACACAUUUCACGAAGCAACACCAGAUAAUAACAAGACUUCAGGUGAAGAUGGACCAUCUAAGGAAAAUGAUGUUGGGAAGAACAAUGUUACUUUCAUUGAUUUUCUUGGUGUCGGAUUAACUUCUUAGGUUGUUAUAUCACACCUUAGAGAUUUUAAGGUUUAUAUCAGUAGGGGUUAGCUAUCAUUUUCAGCCUUUUGCUUCCUUAAACUCUCAUAUUGAUCUUCUAUCAAUUACAACUCUCGUUUUUCAUCCAUUCAUCAAAUCUAUAUCAUAUACUUAAUUAGGUGUAUAUAUGUAUAGGUAUAUGUGUAUUACAUGCACUUACAUUGGUACGUAUAUAUAUGGGUGUUUGUAUA